AUGCCGCCGCUCACAUCCUACCCCCAAUCGAGCACGGCCGAAGAAAGCCGUCCGACGGGCACCACCAGCCAUGAAGUACCCUCACUUUUGUCAGGCGAUCUUCUCGAGAAGAAUCGCGGGGGGAAUGAUGGCACUUUUCAGCCCAGCGAUAUUAGCGAUCCGCAGCUGGAAUACGCGACCCCAUUCCGUCUAGUGAUCAUCAUGUUUACUUUGAGCUUGAGCACUCUGAUUGCCGCGUUGGAUCUCGGUAUUGUCGCCACAGCAAUUCCUCGAAUUACCAGCGAUUUCCACGCCCUGGGCCAUAUCGGAUGGUACAGCGGAGCAUGUUUCCUUCUCGUCGGCACCACAUCCGCCCCCUGGGGCAAGAUGUACAAAUACUUCUCAGCGCAGUACACAUACAUGGCGGCUCUUUCUCUGUACCUGGUUGGAAGCAUCGUAGCUGCAGCAGCGCCGAAUAGCAUCGCCCUGAUCGUUGGCCGGGCUAUUCAGGGCUGGGGGUGUGCCGGCACCCUUGGGGGCUCUGUACUCAUCAUCAACUUCACGGCCGCGCCCAAGGCGCGUCCGAUGCUGAUUGGGUUAUGGAUGGGCGUCUUCAUGAUUGCCACCACCAUUGGGCCUCUCAUGGGCGGAGUUUUCACCACGGAGAUCACCUGGCGCUGGUGCUUCUGGAUUAACCUACCGGUGGGUGGCCCGGCCAUCGUUUUGCAGUUCCUCUUCCUGCGAAUGCCGAAGCACAUCAAGCCGACUCCGGCCACGUGGAAGGAGAUCCUCCUUCAUCUGGAUCUCCCCGGAUGGACGCUGUUGCUCACUUCGAUCGUCUGCUUCCUCCUCGCCAUGGAAUGGGGCGGUCUGGGCAAACCGUGGAGUGACGGCUCGGUCAUCGCGACCUUGGUUGUUUGGGUCAUUUUGACGAGUGCUUUUUUCGUCAUCGAAUGGUUCCAGGGCAAAUAUGCCAUAAUGCCCCUCAGAAUGCUUAAGCCCAGGAUCACAUGGUCCAACCUGUUGUAUGCGUGGAUCGCCAACCUGGCUAAUUUCCAGAUCCUCUUCUAUCUGCCCAUCUACUUCCAAUCUAUCCACGGAAUGUCUGCCAUACAAAGCGGUGUUUAUAGUCUUCCGUUCAUGGCCUUCUAUACCUUUGGGGCGGUGCUCAGCGGUAUUCUUGUUGGAAAAACCCGCCUCUUGCAGCCAUUACAGCUAGCCAGCGGCCUGAUUGCUAUUCUGGGUGCGGCGCUGAUUUUCUGCAUUGAAGUCAACACUCCCAAGUCCUGGUAUAUCGGCGCCCAGAUUCCUUUCGGCUUUGGAAUUGGUCUGGGGAACCAGGUCCCCGUCACGGCGCUGCAAGGUUUCGCGACGCCAGAAACUGUAGCGGCUACUAUGGGCGUAGCUUUCAUGUGUCAAUCAAUCAGCGGUGCCUACUUUGUUUCGGCGGGUAAUUCACUAUUCAACAACUACCUGUUGAAACAACUCGCGAUAACCGCCCCUCAACUUGAUCCGCAGAAGAUCCUCUACACAGGGGUGUCCGAGCUUCAGAAUACCUUUCGAGGUUCAGAGCUAGCCUUGGUGCGACAGGCAUACAUGGUUGGGAUCAAGGAUGUUUUUGCCUUCGCUAUGGCUGGGGCAGCACUGACAGUUGUGCUGGCGAUGGUGAUUCCCUUCAAGAAGCUGCCUUCUCAUGACGACAAAAUAGUCCAAGAUAAGGAGGCGGCCGUCCGGGUCAGUUAG